GGGAUGGUUUCUGUUGUGAAACGAGCUGGGGAUCAACUCAAUCUGCUAUUGAUUUAAGAAGAGACAGUGCUUCGGUGUGUCCGCUUGCAUGGGGCUGUCCGCAGACACUGCUGCAGUGGGAGAAGUUGCGUGCUCUUGAUGCAGAACGAUCAAGCUUUCGUUGCGAGAGUCAGCUGGCUGGUUCAUUCACCUUGAAAGGACGCUUAAAUAUGCAGGUGACCAGUCCUUUGGCAAGGUCUGGGUUUACAGUGGCCAGCAUUGGAAACAUCAGCGGGGCUGGAUAUGAGGAUAUUGCAGUUGGACACCCCCCCCCUUGAAGAUCAGCUUUCAGACAGCUCCUCUUUGGCAGCAUUUACAUCUUUAAUGCUGAUAAAGACAAGAUCAAGAGCUCUUUUUCUCAAAGUAAAACCCUCUGAAAUUUCUUCGGGACUCCAGUAUUUUGGACAAUCCAUUGACGGUGGCUUUGAUUUCACUAGUGAUGGUCUCCAAGAUAUUACAGUAGGAUCACUGGAGAAUGGGAUUGUGCUUCGCCCUGUGACUUUGGCUGUUUUUCCAGUGUUUUCCUGAGAGCUAAACACGAGGUCUGUAAGAAAAAUGAUACCGUGGAGUUUGCUGUUCCUGUGCUGC